AUGUUAGGAGAAAAAGGAGGCCCAAAGAACAUAAAAAGCCUCUACCUGCACAAUGGGGAGGUGAAAGUCAACCCCUGGGAAAAGAGCAGCGUGAUGGAGUCUUUGGACAAUGCCAGCUCCUGUGUGAGGGAGACCUUCAGCCCACAGGAAGAGGAAGGAAGGAAGCAGCAGCACCCAAAAGUGAAAAGUUUCUGUUCAGUAAGAUAUGGCUUGGCCAUCGUGAUACAUUUCUGUAAUCUAAUACUAACCGCACAAUUUGCCAGCCUGAGCAUUGCCAUCGUUGCCAUGGUGAACCACACAGACCAGUCAAAUCAAUCCAAUGUUUCCACAAAGAGACAUCCUGGUGCCACUGCAGAUAUAGGGGUACCAGUAUAUGACUGGAACCCAGAAAUCCAGGGUCUCCUCCUUAGUGCUAUACUCUACGGUUCAGUUAUCACAACAAUCCCAGGUGGUUAUUUCUCUGGAGUUCUUGGAGGAAAGAAAAUAGCUGGAUUAUCAUUACUUCUCUGCUCAGUUCUCAGCCUCUUGACACCAUUAGCAGCAGACUCCGGACUGCCUUACUUGUUUCUUGUAAGGAUAGUACAAGGCCUGUCUCAGGGGAUGAAUUUCAGUGCUCUAGCUGCAUUUUGGCCAAAAUGGGCUCCACCACUGGAACGUACUCAACUAAGUACCAUUGGUUUAUCUGGUACAACAAUGGGAAAUUUCAUUGUGGUCAUCGCGGGUGGUUUCCUCUGUGAGUCCCCAGGCUGGCCAAGUAUCUUCUACAUAUUUGGAGGCAUCGGCUGUGUUUACUCUAUUAUCUGGUUUUCUCUGGUUUACGAUGACCCUAUGGAACACCCAUUCAUAAGUGACAGUGAAAGAAAAUACAUUAUUUCUUCAUUGGCUGAACAGGCCAGUUCCCCUAAUUGGUCUUUGCCUUUCAAAGCUAUGAUGAAGACUCUGGCAGUUUGGGCCAUUAUAAUAGCUAACAUUUGUCGAUUCUGGUUAACUUGCAACUUAACAAUAUCGCUGCCAACACUAUUAGAUAAUAUGUUUGAUUUAAACUUUGAAAAGAAUGGGUUUCUGAGUGCACUGCCUCUCAUUACUUCAUGGAUCAGUAUGACUCUGGGAAGUAAAAUAGCUGAUUUCCUCCUGUCCAAGAAGAUUCUCAGACUCAUCACAGUUCGGAAACUCUUCACAUUUGUGGGAAUGUUUUUCCCAUCUUUAUUCACCGUAGCUAUCCCAUAUGUUGGCUCUACUACUGCUGUAACCUUUAUGAUACUGGCUAGCUCAGCAAACACGCUGUGUUUCUCUGGAUUCUUCAUUAAUCCCCUAGACUUUGCUCCCAGAUAUGCUAGCUUUAUCAUUUCGCUGGGAACUACUGCCAUGUUGAUUUCAGGGCUCAUUUCUCCUGUUACUGGGUACUUCAUCAACCAGGAUAAUGCAACUGGCUGGAAGAACGUUUUCUUUCUAUCAUCUGGCAUUAAUCUAUUAGGAAUGAUUUUCUACCUCAUCUUUGGCCAGACAGAUGUCCAGGAUUGGGCCAAAGAGCAGAGACUCACCCGCUUCUGAGGAGCCAUGGGAAAUGAACUGAAAAUUAGUUCUACCAAAAACAUCCUUAAGGAUUUUUAGUGUCAUCCUUGACUUCUCAACUCUCAGGCAAUAUACGCCAAUGUCAACCUUGUCUUUUUAAUAUCCACAACACCUCUUGUGUGUGUCUGCUCUUCUCUACUCACUUAGCCACCACCUAGUUCAGGACCUCAUCAAACUUGCUUAAUCUGUUGGAAUGACCUUUUGCAUCUCCCUACCCCAUCUCUUCCCCACUCUGCGAUGCAUCCUCCCCACAGCUGACAAAAUGAUUUUCCCAAAGCACAAAACUGAUCAUUUUACUCCCCUCCAAUCAAGAAAUUCCACCAUCUCCCAAUUACCUCUAGAAUACACUACAAACUAGUAUAUUUGAAAUUUAAAGCUCUUCACAGCAUAGCCCCUUCCUACCUUUGUGGUCUUCUUAUAUUUUAUGCCUCUCCUCACAUUCUGCAUUCUGGACCUGCUGCUUUGCCUUCUCAUUAUUCUGCACAUAUAACAUUUUCAUCUCUACUCUCCAUGACUGCGCACUCACUCGCAUCCAUACCUGGAAUAUAUUCCCUGCACACCUCUGCCUCUUGGAAUCUUACAUUUUCUUCAAGAUUCAGCUCAAGUGCCAUGAAUAUUUUACUGGUUCCCACCCCAGCUGCUACGGGACACUCUCCCAAAACAUACCAAUAAAAUAUUCAUUUUGUAUUGAGAAAAUUAAAAUUA